AUGGAGGUUGAAAGCGAAGCCCUCCAAGCACGCAAUCUCGCGACAGCAGUUCAUGAAUCUACCUCAGCACUCGAUCAGCUACACAGAUAUCUAGAGCAGUUUCUGGCAGUCCGCGUCGAAGCAUACCCGCAACAGGGCAAAGCCACAACAGAGAUUCAAGAAAGCAAUAGCGAUAUGCGCAAGGUUCUGAAUAACGGUGAAGGAGGGUACCUCAACUUCCGAUAUAAUCCCCUGACAGACACAUUAUUCUACCUCUCCAAUGAAGCUCACCCUAUGCUUGAAAAGAGAUCCUGCGAACUACGAACAGAAUACAACGGGGGUGUGGAGCUAGCACGGCACUUGGAUGCGUGCUAUGUCUUGAACAAGUAA